UAUAAUGUAGUGAUUUACAGAAGUUAUUUUCAAAUAUGUAACAAAAGUAUUUAUUUUACACCUCUAGUAACAACAGAAGCUACUAGCCCAGAAGAAGGAUCUUCGUUUACUGUCUCUGAUUGUAAAAUAAAAGAAGAAAAGUAUGAAGAUCCUAAUGAUACUGAGAACACAUUUGUCAAAGUCAAAACUGAACAAAGUGUUGAUUCAACAAAUGAUGACAUUAUUUCCAAGUUCAGUGAGAGUGAUGAUGAAACUGUUGAUUGUUCACAACAUGAUGUUAUGAGUGUGAAAAAAGAAAUUGAACCAAAAGAAGAGUUUCAACAAAUUAACUCUGAGUUAGAAGGUUUAUCAGAUCCAAAUCCGUACUUGAACAACUAUUCUGGAAAACAGUUUCCUGGACGUCAAAUUGUAAACAAAAAUUACCAGUCUCUGAAUCCAAGUGGUGGUAUUAUAUCUGAUAAAACGUUGUUGAUGGUAAAUAACCAGAAAAUAUGUAACAUUUCCCAUAGUGAAGCUACAGCAUGCAGUAACAAUGUGUGUGACAAGGAAUUAAAUGUGAAGUCACACUUUGAGAAGAAACUGUACAGAUGUGAAGAGUGUGGCAAACAACUUGUAUCACGGAGUAAUUUCAAAAUACACCUGAGAAUUCACGCUGGAGAGAAACCGUACAGUUGCAUAGUUUGUGGUAAGAAAUUUGUGAGCAAAAGCCAUCUUAACAGCCAUACGAUGUCACACACUGAAGAGAAACCGUACAGUUGUCUAGUGUGUGGUAAAGGAUUUAUUAAAAAUAGCUUACUUCAAGAGCAUGAAAGGAUACACACUGGAGAGAAACCUUACAGUUGUGUAGUGUGUGGUAAAAAAUAUGGAAGAAGAAGUUAUCUUAAAACUCAUCAGAGGACACAUACUGGGGAGAAACCAUAUAGUUGUUUAGUAUGUGGUAAAAAAUUUGGAAGAACCAGUCAUCUUAGAACUCACCAAAGAAUACAUACUGGGGAGAAACCGUACAGUUGUUUAGAGUGUGGAAAAAAGUUUUUAUGUAAUAAUAACCUUAAAACACAUAAAAUGAUACACACUGGAGAGAAACCAUUCAGCUGUUUAGUGUGUCAUAAAGAAUUUAGUAGAAAUUACCAUCUUAAAGUGCAUCAGAAGAUACACAGUGAGGAGAAACCGUACACUUGCGUAGUUUGUGAUAAAAGAUUUAGAAGUAAAAGUCAUCUUAACAUACAUGAAAAGAUACACACAUUAGUAGUCACAUUAGAACACAUGAAGUGAUACAGAAUAAGGAGAACCAAACAGUUUUGUAAUGUAUAUUAAAUAAUUCAGAAUAAUUUAUCAUCUUAAAACUCUUCAAGAUACAUACAUUAGUAGUCGCAUUAGAACACAUGAAGUGAUACAGAAUAAGGAGAACCAAACAGUUUUGUAAUGUAUAUUAAAUAAUUCGGAAUAAUUUAUCAUUUUAAAACUCUUCAAGAUACAUACAUUGAUGAAAAACAAAACAGUUGGAUAACUUGUGGUGAUGAAUUCACAUAACACACACUGGAGAGUAACUACUUUGUUGUUUGUAAGAAAUAGUAACAUAGAAAACAUGAAUACAUGCACUGUACAGCUGUUUAGUAAGGAAAGUGUAGGUACUUAAAAAAACAUGUCUAAAGUCAAGAAGUGGCGACAUGUUGAGAGAAGAUAAUGAAAAUAAACAUAAAAUUUACAAGUUUGUUGUGUGUGGCAGGGAUUUUGAUUGAAAAGCUGCUUAGAAAAAAUAUCAAAAUACAUUUGGGGAUUGAACACAUUUUCUUAGAUUGUGUAUUUGUAAAGAAAUUAAUAAAUACACACUGGAGCCAAAUACUAAAGUUGUAUAAUACAAAUCCUUGACAUAAAACCAAUAUAUGUAGUUGGAUGAGAAAUUAUACGGUCGUGAUAUCUGUGAUGAGAACUUUUAUCCAUAGUGUAGAUAAUCAAAGGUUUGUGUAAUGAAAGAUAUUUAAAGAAACAACGGUCAGUGAACAGUGAGAAUUGAUACAAGUUUUUUGUUAUGUGUGUGUUUCUUUGACUGUAAAUGUUAUAGUUACAAUGAAAUAUGUAAACAAUGUUACACUGGGGAAACAUCUUGUGACUUUGGAGGAUAUACAGUAGUAUAGGUUAUGGAAACUAUGGUAACUUACAAAUGUAAUGAUUUAAUUAACCUUGGGAAGAAACUAUACAGUUGUAGUGUCUGUUGCAGUAACUUACACAUUGUUUUUGGGUAACACAUGAGAUCAUCUACAAGUGAAAUAAACAUACUUUUGUGUAGAGUAAAGAUCCGCAAGUGAAACAUGAGGUCAAACAUUACUUUGAAGAAAACCAUAAGGUAAUUACAGAUCCUGUUUUGUCCUCCAUCAAUUUACAUGUAACUAAAGAAGUC